AUGCAUCCCUUCUUUCAUGCAUCCCUUCUUUCAUGCAUCCCUUCUUUCAUGCAUCCCUUCUUUCAUGCAUCCCUUCUUUCAUGCAUCCCUUCUUUCAUGCAUCCCUUCUUUCAUGCAUCCCUUCUUUCAUGCAUCCCUUCUUUCAUGCAUCCCUUCUUUCAUGCAUCCCUUCUUUCAUGCAUCCCUUCUUUCAUGCAUCCCUUCUUUCAUGCAUCCCUUCUUUCAUGCAUCCCUUCUUUCAUGCAUCCCUUCUUUCAUGCAUCCCUUCUUUCAUGCAUCCCUUCUUUCAUGCAUCCCUUCUUUCAUGCAUCCCUUCUUUCAUGCAUCCCUUCUUUCAUGCAUCCCUUCUUUCAUGCAUCCCUUCUUUCAUGCAUCCCUUCUUCCAUGCAUCCCUUCUUCAUGCAUCCCUUCUUUCAUGCAUCCCUUCUUUCAUGCAUCCCUUCUUUCAUGCAUCCCUUCUUUCAUGCAUCCCUUCUUUCAUGCAUCCCUUCUUUCAUGCAUCCCUUCUUUCAUGCAUCCCUUCUUUCAUGCAUCCCUUCUUUCAUGCAUCCCUUCUUUCAUGCAUCCCUUCUUUCAUGCAUCCCUUCUUUCAUGCAUCCCUUCUUUCAUGCAUCCCUUCUUUCAUGCAUCCCUUCUUUCAUGCAUCCCUUCUUUCAUGCAUCCCUUCUUUCAUGCAUCCCUUCUUUCAUGCAUCCCUUCUUUCAUGCAUCCCUUCUUUCAUGCAUCCCUUCUUUCAUGCAUCCCUUCUUUCAUGCAUCCCUUCUUUCGUGCAUCCCUUCUUUCGUGCAUCCCUUCUUUCGUGCAUCCCUUCUUUCGUGCAUCCCUUCUUUCGUGCAUCCCUUCUUUCGUGCAUCCCUUCUUUCGUGCAUCCCUUCUUUCGUGCAUCCCUUCUUUCAUGCAUCCCUUCUUUCGUGCAUCCCUUCUUUCGUGCAUCCCUUCUUUCAUGCAUCCCUUCUUUCAUGCAUCCCUUCUUUCAUGCAUCCCUUCUUUCAUGCAUCCCUUCUUUCAUGCAUCCCUUCUUUCAUGCAUCCCUUCUUUCAUGCAUCCCUUCUUUCAUGCAUCCCUUCUUUCAUGCAUCCCUUCUUUCAUGCAUCCCUUCUUUCAUGCAUCCCUUCUUUCAUGCAUCCCUUCUUUCAUGCAUCCCUUCUUUCAUGCAUCCCUUCUUUCAUGCAUCCCUUCUUUCAUGCAUCCCUUCUUUCAUGCAUCCCUUCUUUCAUGCAUCCCUUCUUUCGUGCAUCCCUUCUUUCGUGCAUCCCUUCUUUCGUGCAUCCCUUCUUUCGUGCAUCCCUUCUUUCGUGCAUCCCUUCUUUCGUGCAUCCCUUCUUUCGUGCAUCCCUUCUUUCGUGCAUCCCUUCUUUCGUGCAUCCCUUCUUUCAUGCAUCCCUUCUUUCAUGCAUCCCUUCUUUCAUGCAUCCCUUCUUUCAUGCAUCCCUUCUUUCAUGCAUCCCUUCUUUCAUGCAUCCCUUCUUGCAUGCAUCCCUUCUUUCAUGCAUCCCUUCUUUCAUGCAUCCCUUCUUUCAUGCAUCCCUUCUUUCAUGCAUCCCUUCUUUCAUGCAUCCCUUCUUUCAUGCAUCCCUUCUUUCAUGCAUCCCUUCUUUCAUGCAUCCCUUCUUUCAUGCAUCCCUUCUUUCAUGCAUCCCUUCUUUCAUGCAUCCCUUCUUUCAUGCAUCCCUCCUUACACUCCCGUUCCGCUGGCCCAUGGUGAGCAGAGCAUGCAGACAGGGGGGGUGGGAAGAGGGGGAGUGGCAUGGCACGAGGGGAAGUGGCGGGACGGGGAGUGGCCGGAGGGGGGGGGAGUAA